AUGUCGCUCGGUCACAACGCCUGGCCACCAGGCAAUAUCCGCCCCCCAGACGAACAACUGGACUCCCCGCGCCCAGUCAAUGGCUUAGUGAAGACAUUGUCCGGCUCGCGAACCCCCCAAAUACGCGGUUCGGUCAGCGCCGAGGGCCCGAAUGCCGGUAGUAUGACCUCCGAGCCGGAUAUCACCAUCGAGGAGGACCCGCGCAUUGCCUCAUUUCGCGAACUAUUCCGAUGCAGUGAGGCGAAAAUCAACGCGCUUUUUUCAGGCCACUAUACUCCCGACGAAACGUCCGGUGCCGCGAUCGCGGAGAUUGAGCCGCCCGAGCUUCAAUCUGAACGCGUCGAUGCGCCGGCCGCCCCUGCCGCCCCACCACCUAAACCCACCCGCAAACUCGACGACGACUACGAUGACUAUGAUGACGAUGAUGAUGCUGAUAUGGUCGACUUGGCCGAGUCACCCUUGAAAGUCAAGUCCGUACCACCGUCGCAGGACCCUAAUUCCGCCGCCGCAUCCGCCCCACGUCCGAGCACAGCUCUUUCCACCACUGCCGAUGGAUCUAAGGAGUCUAAAAAAGAGUCACUGGAGGAUAUACGGAAGCAAUUGGAGGAGGACAAAAAAGCGACGGAGGAGGCUGCUCGGCGCAGCUUCCAUACCCUGUUCUACACCCUCGAGAAUGACCGAGAUGCCAUGAUGGAUCAGCAACGGUUGGAAGAGUCCGAACGACAAGUUGAUGCAGAGAUCUCGGGACAAGCCAAUGCUGCUGGAAACAAUGCUUCUGGCUCAAAUGGAUACAGCUCUUUGAGUAACACCAACCUCGGAGCUUCAAGUCUGACCCUGAAGAACCUUAUUGCCCGAAUUGAUAAGAAGCGCGACAUGGUUCAAGCCUCUGAUGCUGAGCUCCGCAGCUUGCUGAGCGAAGUGCGUAAGAAUCGCAGCAAAUGGGCCAGCGAGGAUAAGAUUGGCCAGGAAGAGCUCUACGAAGCUGCGGAAAAGGUGUUGAGUGAGCUCAAGGCCAUGACAGAGCAUUCCACCGCUUUCCUGACCAGGGUCAACAAACGUGAUGCGCCAGAUUACUAUACAAUCAUCAAACACCCUAUGGAUCUCGGAUCAAUGACUAAGAAGCUCAAGGGCUUACAAUAUCGUUCCAAGGAAGACUUUGUGGAUGACCUCAAUCUAAUUUGGAUGAAUUGUUUGAAAUACAACACAAAUCCUGAACACCCUUUGCGCAAACAUGCCCUUUACAUGCGAAAAGAGACUGAAAAGCUUGUCCCCCUCAUUCCCGAUAUUGUCAUCAGAGAGCGAGCUGAGGUUGAAGCAGAGGAGCGUCGACUUCAAAUGGCAGAGCUUGAUGGUGCCGAAGAGAGCGACGAUGAACCCAUCAUGUCCUCACGCGGGAGAAAAGCCCCUGGCAAAUCGUCUAAGAAGGGUACUGCCCCGUCUCGCAAUACUCCCAGUGGCUCUGAGGGCCCUCCGGGAGCUCGCUCCAGUCAACCCCCAGCACCCGUUCGUGCAGAUUCAGACACCGCCAUGGAAGCAAAUCAAAAUGGGUUCGGCACUCCGCCCCCUGGAUCCAAUACUCCAUCCGAUCCGUUAGGCGGAAUGGGAGCCGCAGCCAGUCAGCAAGACGAUUCCAUGGAAAUGGAUGCACCUGUCGCGUCAACUAUGGCGCUUAGCGCUCUGGCAGGUCCCGGUGCAGAGUUAGAAGACCCUGAAUACAAGGUGUGGAAGCAAGUGACAAAGAAGGAUCGGGCUCUCAUUGCCGCAGAACGCCAUCGCCUACUCAAAGGCGACAAGGUCAACCCCGAAGAGCCGGCCUUGCUUCGAACGAAAGCUGGUAUGCGACGAUGGCUUCGCCACGAAAAGCAAGCAGCGAUUGAAGGCGACAAAAUGCACGAUGCCUCUCAGGCAAUGGAGCCCACGGCUGGCGAAACACUUGCAGAAGGCAUCGAGGGCGAAGAGGAGAGGAUGAUUCCCUAUUAUUACGACGUCAUGUCUGGUGUACCUGAUCUUCCAGAGCGGCUCGCCUGGAAGGAAGAUGCGCAAGGUAAUGUUGUGGAUGCCACAGAAGAAUAUCUAAGAAUUCUUCCGAAAGGUUCUUUCUUGCAGCCCGACAGCAAGCUGUCUCGCAAGAUAGAAGCGAAUAUGCGACAGAUGCAAGAGACUCGUAAGAUCUGUUCCAAGGUUAGCAUUGUGAAGCAGAUGCAGAUACAAUCCCAGAUGUAUCAGAAUCAAUUCCAAAAAUACAACCCGGAGCCUUUCGCGGAACAGGAUGUUCCACCUCAUGUCUUAAACGACAAUGGCCCUGUUAUAGCUCCUGGAACUUGUCGGGCAGCGCUGCAACGCUCAGUUGCUAAGAUUUUCUAUCACUCCGGUUUUGAGGAGUACCAACCUUCUGCUAUUGAAGUUGCCACCGAUAUUACGUCCGACUUUUUCCACAAAAUCGGUGAAACUUUUAAAUCGUACAUGGAAGCCCCCAAGGUUCCAGCCACUGAGUCUCCGGAAGCCGCAACAUCAGCGGCCGAAUGGAAGUCAGCGUACACCGAGCCAGAGAUUGUACUUCAUACUCUUUCUGGUGUUGGGAUCAACAUUGAUGAACUUGAGUCAUAUAUCAAGGAAGAUGUUGAACGACUUGGCGCCAAGCUUUUCACGGCCCACGAUCGCCUCAAGUCGCUGCUCACUGAACUGCUCCGCCCAGCUCUCGCUGAUGGUGGCGAGGAUGGCUCUAAUGCCUUUAAUGAUGGAAGCGAACAGUUUGUAGGUGGUGAUUUCGCCGAGGAUAUCGAUGAAGAUUUCUUUGGUUUCAAAGAGUUGGGACUGGACCGCGAGUUUGGUCUGUCCCAGCUCAGCGUUCCUCUGCAUCUCCUUCAGAACCGGAUGUACAGCGCGGCCCAAUCGCAGAACACCAAUACCACUCAAAUCGUCACUAUCUACCCCACGCCACCAUCAUACUCCCGUGUCUCAGUGGACAGUCUACCCGAACAGAUUGGGCUGGUGCAAGCUUUCUUCAAAGGCAAGCUUGCCGCGAACCGCGACGAGCCCCUUAUAGAGGAUCUUGAGCUUCCACCCAAGCAAAGACCAAUGGCUGUCAAACCUCGUCUACCAGCCUCCGGCAAAAUUCCUCCCAUGCCGGGCGUCUCAGGGCCUAAUUCAAGCCCUCAGAAACGACCCGCCCCUCCAAAUGCAACCGCAGUUGCUAAGACAGGUACUGCGGAGCCAAGCAAGAAAAAGUCGAAGAAGAACAGUGGCGUCGCACUCGAGAUGCCCAACUUCAAUUUCGACGGGGAUGCAGAUCAAGGCUCUGCCUUUGACGGGACUAAAGACUUCUCAACGGACAUGAAACCUGAUAGUAAUAAUUUUCCAGAUGGAGCCGACGAACCGAAUGUUUCUCAGUCGGAUAAUGUGCCCAUGAUCAACGGUACCACCGCAUGA